GUAGGACUUGGGAAUAUGAUGAGAUACAGAGGGAGGCUUGAAGGCAGCAGCGGCACAGACGUGGCCGUGGUGCAGCUGAUGCGUUCAGUGGCGCAGUGUCCCGUCUGGAGCUUUCGGAGAGACGGGGCGAAGUUUCACUCUGUACUGCAGCCUCAGUGCUGCUGCACACCGGAAUUCAACACAACAAUGGCGUCUCCCUGUCCUGACAGCAACUCCACAAACUCCAGCAAAAGCAGCAACAUCGUCGGAUCUACGUCGCACCAUUUUCAGCAGCAGACACAGAGCAGCAGCAUGCAAGAAACCAACACCUGCUGGAGAUGUCAAAAUGAAACAGGGUUUCAGUUAAGACUGCCUGGAGUGUCCCAAAGUAAACGUAAAGCUCUGAAGCUGAAUUUCGCCAACCCUCCAGUGAAACCAGCCUCCAGGCUCCCGCUCCAUCCAACGCCGCCCUCUUUCCAGAACCCUCACAUAGAACGACUGCGGACACACAGUAUCGAGUCGUCGGGGAAGCUGAAAAUCUCUCCGGAGCAGCAUUGUGACUUCACAGCAGAGGACCUCAGGGACCUCGGGGAGAUCGGGCGCGGGGCGUAUGGCUCUGUCAACAAGAUGGUCCACAAACCCACUGGCCAGAUCAUGGCUGUCAAGAGGAUCCGCUCCACUGUGGAUGAGAAGGAGCAGAAGCAGCUGCUGAUGGAUCUGGACGUGGUGAUGAGGAGUAGUGACUGUCCCUACAUUGUUCAGUUCUACGGCGCUCUCUUCAGAGAGGGGGACUGUUGGAUUUGUAUGGAACUUAUGGCUACCUCAUUAGACAAAUUCUACAAAUAUGUAUAUUGUGCAUUAGAUGACGUCAUUCCAGAGGAAAUAUUAGGCAAAAUAACAUUAGCGACCGUUAAAGCACUGAACCACUUAAAAGAAAACUUGAAAAUAAUUCACAGAGACAUCAAACCUUCCAACAUUCUAAUGGACCGAACUGGUAAUAUCAAGCUGUGUGACUUUGGUAUCAGCGGUCAGCUGGUGGACUCCAUAGCCAAGACCAGAGACGCUGGCUGCAGGCCUUACAUGGCGCCGGAGAGGAUCGACCCCAGUGCUUCCAGACAAGGCUACGAUGUUCGCUCUGACGUGUGGAGCUUGGGAAUCACCCUGUAUGAGCUGGCCACAGGAAGGUUCCCUUACCCCAAGUGGAACAGUGUAUUUGAUCAGCUGACACAGGUGGUGAAAGGUGAGCCUCCACACCUCAGCAACUCAGAGGAUAGGCAGUUCUCCCCCAAGUUCAUCAACUGUGUUAACCUCUGCCUUACGAAGGAUGAAUCGAAACGGCCAAAGUACAAGGAGCUUCUGAAACAUCCCUUCAUUCUGAUGUAUGAAGAGCGUUUCGUGGACGUCGCCAGUUACGUUUGUCGCAUCCUGGAUCAGUUCCCCACCUCUCCGAUCUCUCCUAUGUACGUGGACUGAUUGAGAUUAGGAAGGGGGGGGGGGGGGACUUUGCGAUGCAACGCUUGACAUCUUAGCCCUCAGAGUUACGUAGCAUCACCUGUUUUAUUCACACGUUCCAAAGAACAAAGGAACUAAGUCAAUGAGAAUUGUUACCUCCCGUCACCUCGAACACAUCUUCAGCCGGAAUAACUUGAAGACGGUGUCUUUGAGAAAUGCAAUGCAUCUUUUUAUGUGGGGAAAUAUAAAUAGAGUAUGUAUGUAUGUAUACUGUAUACAUACAUACAUACUUGACGUCAUACACAAAUACAAAAUCUACCAAAUAAAAUGUUGAUCAAUGACACACAUGUAUGAACACACAUUGCCACCUGUUUGAUUGUACAUUGUGGCCUGUAUGUAUGCUGAUAGAGCUACACACACACCUUCACACAGUUUGUUGUGCGCACAUUCACUCAUGGUAAAUGUGUGUGCUAAAGUGUUUAUCUGUGGAGAACUCAUGGAUUCAGUAGUGUGGCUUUACUUUACGUCUUUUUCUUUUUCUUUCUUCAAUAUGCGGUCUGUGAGUUUGUCCCGACACAUGAUUAGGACCUGUACAUUUGUCACACCCGAUGUUGGCCACAGUUUGUACCUUUUCAUGUGUUAUCAUCACGUUUCAGUCACGGAGUUAAGCUGAAAUUACUAAACCCAGAAGAUCAUUUAACAAGACUUAUCGCUGUUUUGAAAGUUAUUUUUGCAGAAUUGCCUCUUUUGUCUGUCUGGAUCAAACUAUAUUUUGUCCACCGCUCAGUAAAAAAACCCAACUCAACCCGUUUCCAGAUUUCAAAAAAAAAAAAAAAAUGAAUCAUGUUAUCUUUUCUCUUUCAGAAGAACCGAUGUUUAGCUGUGUCACUCAAACCUAAUGACAGUACAGAAGACACACACACACUGGGGCUGUUUCAAUGCUCCAUCGUCUGAUGUAAAGUUCCUUUAGGACGUUAUGUCCACUGAUGUCAAUGUGUAUGUAAAUAGUACAUUUAAUCUGCUGAUCCGGCAGGUUCUGCUCGACAGUUGAGGCUCAUCCCAAAACACACGGAUGAUCAAAUCAAAGGGUGCAGAAUGAAAGUGUGUGUUUGAGUGUGAGAAUGAGUCCUCUUGCUCCUCAGCAGCCUGCCGUAGCACUGUACAGUUAAACUCUUCCACACUGAUCACACAUCCACCAUGCUGCCAUAGAAAGGCAAACAGUAGUGACAACUUUUGCUUCUAUAUGACACAAUGUCCACUUGUGUAGCGACUACACAGGAGAGGAAGAUCUCUCCUCACAUGCUUCCUGCUCUGUAUGGACUCGGCAGGUCUCUCGCACUGAUGAUAGAAAGUUUCCCACACCAAACCGUGAAUUACGCUCGGGAUAGUCUGAAACGCACACGUCUUCUUCCACGCUGCUGAUAAACAGUUGCCAGGUGAUGGAGACCAUGGAGAUCCACACGUCUAACAGUAAAGUGGGAGUCGGUGGUGAAAACAUCACACAACUUUUAGCGAGCUUCUUAACCAAACUAAUGAAUUACUUGAAGAGGCAAGGAUGGCAUUAUUUAUCUUCUCUUUUCUGUCAACGCAUGACAUUAAUGUGACAUUGAAUAUUGCCGGCCUUGUCUUUUAACCAAAUGCUAAUAAUGUAAAGUCAUUUAAUGUAACAUAGCCUCUGCAAUAAUAAGCCAAGAAGAAUGCAGUGACUUCAGUCCACUUUUACUUUGAGUCUGUUGGAGUGUUACUAUUAGUGUUACUCUUCUGGCUUCAUGAGAAACAACAUUUAUUUUCAACAUUGAUGGACAUUGCUAUUUUUGGCUUUUUUUUCCCCCACUGUACGCUUUAAUACAUUUGGUUUCAAUACAUUAAAGGUAUUGCCAUACUCAAUGGGCCACUCCAGUAAUUUUAGUAUUGUACUUUCAUAAAGUUUGGAAACUUGCAGACAAAUUAAAGAAAGAAUAGUCAGAAGGCUGAGAUGUCCUGAUCUUUAGUCCUUCGUACGGAGUAAGCUUCCAAACCAAAAAGAGUAACCCGGAUGACAUCAUCCUCCAGAGCCACAGAAGUAAUGAUGGACCAGUAAAUUGACCUGAGUUUCCCUUUACAUUUGAUUUAAAAUUCUAUGAAAUAGGCGGCUACAGAUGUCGGCCAUGUUGGAAAAUGGCCACCAUCAUCGGGAUGUGUUGGGAGUUUGGAGGUCGCUCGUUAAAAACCGACUUGUUGAAAUUGGCGCUUAUUAAAGGGUAAAACAUUACAACCAAGUGAGUGGAGAUGCAGACAUUAUCCUCUACACUUUAAAUGGAGAAUGUCUCCUAUUCCUAUCUGUCUCCACAUCUGUUCUUCUCUCAUGGGAAACAUUUCCAGGCAGUGAACUCACCACUGGAGAAUAUGAAUCUCCAGGGUACUUGUUGUAUAAAUUGCAAUUUACUAGAAUGUUCAUAUUAGAUUAUAAGAUAUUAAGGGCAAUGAAUAUUAUAUUGUAUCUUUAUCGAGGGUUACAAAUAAAGUUCCCAUGGAAAAUAUUGGAAACCUUUAUUGUGUGCUUCUUGUGAAUUGGACAUGAAUAAAAAAGUAACUGCAGAAAUGA